AUGGCCCAGCCAGACAGUGGUAUCAAAGUUAUCGACGCCGAACCUCAAGCGGCCAACACCGACAGUGGAAGCCAUCCGUCAACGACGUUGAAUCCCAACCUCAUUCUCAACAACACCUUGGACGGGUUAUCCAGCCUUGGUUCCAAAUUGAACCCUUUUGCACAGAGAUUAGGCAAAGGUUUUGGCCAAGUCAGACAAUAUGCUCAAGAAAAGUUGGGUACGGCUGAGGAGGUGACUGAGUUACCGCAAGAGUACAAGGAUCUUGAAAAGCGUGUGGAUGCUCUUCGAGCUACGCAUGUCAAUCUCUUAAAGGUGGCUCGUACUUUCCAGAAUACUGCUUAUGAUUAUCCUGUGCAACUUCAAGAGUCAUUGCUCGGUAUUUCCAAUACUGUGACGAGCCAGUUCCAGAAUCUCGCGUUAUCGCCAGCUGAAAGAGCUCAAAUGGAUAGCCACCCUCCUAUUGAUCCCACUAAGCAACAUCCUAAAACGUUAUCGCAUGCUUUGGCUCGCGUUUCCACACAAAGUGCCGAAUCGAUUGGCGUGGAAGAACCCUUGGGUACAGCAUUAUUCAAAUUUGGGGCGAUUACGGAAAAAGUCGGUGAUGCUCGUUUGGCCAUGGAUCAAGCUAUUACGACAAAGUUCAACCAGCCCAUGCAGACGACUCUGAACACGUCCAUUGAGCAGGCACUCAAGGCACGACGCAACGUUCAGUCGGCUCGUUUAUCGCUCGAUGCGUGCAAAGCCAGAUAUCGUUCCGCUCGUGCCGAUCGCUUGGAUGCCGCCCGUUUGGAAGUCGAACAAGCCGAAGACCACUUUGUCGGUGCCGUUGAAGAAGCGACCAGCAUGAUGAAAGUCGCUUUGGAGAAUCCUGAACCUUUCCGUAACUUGGCGGAUUUGGUGGCCGCUCAGUUGGCUUACUUCAAAACGGCCCAUGAUUUAUUGGCUGAACUUGCUCCAGAGUUGGACGAAAUUCAAGUGACGCAGGAAUCAGCUUACCGCAACGGCCGCGAUCAGUAA